AUGAGAAACAACAUCAUCACCACUGCGUUAGCUGUAGCAACAGCAGUAUAUGCUGACUGCCCGGACUAUUUGUCCUAUGCGCUUGUGCCUCAUGGUCCAUUCUCUGGAGGCACUUACAACCUCAGCUACAUGCGACCAGACCCAGCUUGCCGUACCUUUAACUCAACGAUUGUCGAGAGCGCCGUCACAAACAUCUCCAACCUGAUCACAGACCCGGAUCUGAAGCGUCUGUUCGUCAACAGCUACCCGAACACCCUGGACACUGCCAUCAAAUGGAAGGGCACCGCCAACGGAUCCGACGAGGAGCUCACAUUUGUCAUCACCGGCGACAUCAAUGCCAUGUGGCUGCGUGACUCGGCAAAUCAGAUGCAGUCCUACCUUCCGUUACUCACUGCUAGCGAUGCUUACAACUCUCUGGCUUCGCUGUACCGUGGUGUGAUCAACCUCCAAGCUCGGUACCUCCUCAUCGAUCCGUACUGCAACAGCUUCCAGCCACCGAUCGAGUCUGGCGUCAGUCCGUCUCCCAACCCUUCCGCAAGCGACGACACCGUCAGGCCCAACUACACCAACACCUCCAUCUUCGAAUGCAAGUACGAGCUCGACUCUCUCGCAGCUUUCCUCGAAGUCUCGUCAAAUUACUACAAUGCAACUCAAGACGCCACAUUCUUCAAGAAGUAUCAGUGGGUCGACGCCGUCGAGACGAUUCUGCAAGUCGCAACAAACAUGACUGUCCCAACAUACACCGCGGAUGGCAACGUCAGCGUGCUGUCAUACUCUUUCACCCGCCUAACGAAUCGAGCCUCUGAGACCACCGAGAACGGCGGCCUGGGCAACCCUUUCAACAACGGCACAGGCUUGAUCCGGUCCUUCUUCAGGCCUUCGGAUGAUGCGACUAUCUUCCAGGGGUUUAUUCCUGCCAAUAUGAUGUUCUCUAGGUACCUCGCAUCUGCCUCUCUCAUUGCGGCGGCCAUUGGCGAGAACGACCUGGCGCAACGAAUGUCAUGCAUGGCAUCCGGACUUCGAGACGCGAUCACCGCCUCUGGAAUUGUUACGACCAGAUCGGGUGGGCAGAUAUACGCAUACGAGGUCGAUGGCUACAUGGGCCACAACAUCAUGGACGACGCCAACAUCCCAUCUCUCCUUGCGGCACCAUUCUUCGGCUACCUUGAUGUCAACGAUACGGUGUACCAAAACACUCGCCAACUUAUCCUGAGCGCACAGAACCCGUACUUCAUGCGAGGGCCAGAUAUCAGCGCCAUUGGCGGAGCACACGAUGGACCAGGUUAUGCUUGGCCUAUGGCGGCGAUUGUUCGCAUCCUGACCAGCAACGAUGAUGCUGAAAUCACGCAGCAGCUACAAGAGAUCGUGAGCACGACUGAUGGACUUGGGCUCAUCCACGAGUCGAUCAAUACCUACAACAUCAGCGAUUGGACUCGACAAUGGUUCUCCUGGGCCAACGGCUUGUUCGGGCAAAUGGUGCUUGAUUUAGAAGACAGGAAGCCCGAGCUGUUGAAGCAGAGCUUCCAAGGGAACAGCAGCACCGCGUGA